GCAGGAGGCGGAACUAGCCGGGCUGUCACUUCUGGUGCUGCAGUCUGAAAGGUGCUGUGGCGACGUCAGACUCCUCAAAACACUGCUCUUUUUUUUCCCCAUAUACAGCGGAUUCCACUCUUUUAUGUUGAAAAGGAGCAUAUCGUGAUCUCCUGUUUGUCGAUACUCCUUACAAUCCUGUUCGACCUUUCUGGAGAAAACCGUGAGUCCAUUCAAAAGGACAUAAGUUGUGGCAUAUUGCAUGAGAGGCCAGCCGCUUCCAGGAGCAACCGUGGAGCCACACGGGGGGAAGGACCAAGUCACAUGGGAGUGUGUGACGGUACCUGCAUAAGGCUUUGUGUUCAGGCCUCCCGCCAUCGCCCGCUCUUCCCCGAACCAGCAUGGCAGGGAGCAGAGAGCGCGGUGGCCGGGCCCAGAGGCCGUGGUCGGUCUACCGGGCCAACACAUUUCAGCUGUCCAGCGAGAUGAUUGGCUUGGCCCUUGCAGGAAACUGUCAGGACCCUGAUGAACCAGUGCUCGAAUUCAGCGUCGCCUGCACAGAUCUUUUGACUCCUGCUUUGGAUCGGAAGCCCAACAGUUUUGUAACCGUGAGCUGCACAACGCCACCGCAGGCCUUCUGGACCAAAUACGCCCAGACGGAAGUCAUAGAGGGUACCAGCAACCCCAUAUUCCUCAGCAGCAUCGCAUUCUUCCAGGAUUCAAACAUCAACCAGCAGACGCAGGUUAAACUGGCCGUCUAUGACGUGAAGGACCGCUCCCACGGCACGAUGUACAUGUUGGGCUCAGCACUUUUCCCUGUAAAGGAGUUGUUGCAGGAAAAAGAGCACAGAUUAGAGCUGGACCUCAGGUCAGCGGAGAACAAGAGGGUGGGGAACAUCUCUGUGGCCGCUUGGCAAUUGGACGAGAAAGCAGAUCAGAGAAUUUCCGUCAGCCGCCUUCCGGACAGCAACAAUGGCCGGACAAUGCUUGCUGUUGACGAGAGCCUGUCAGAAGCGAUGGGAGUGCGAAUCAAGUACGCCUCGCUGAGCAGAGACACUCUUCUGCGUUCAGUGUUUGGAGGCACAAUGUCCAGGAUGUACCGCUUCCCCACAACAAAUGCCAACCACCUGCGGGUGCUUGAGCAGAUGGCCGAGAGCGUCUUGUCCCUGAACAUCCCCAGACAGUUUGUCAAACUGCUGCUGGAGGAGGACACGGCUCGGGUUGGUGAGCUGGAGGAGCUGGGAGAGCUGUCGCCUUGCUGGGAGAACCUGCGGCGACAGAUUGUCGCACACUACCAAGCCAUCCUCGUCUCGUACCACGAAACACUCGCUGACCUCAGUGACUACAAAGGUCCGUCAUUCAAAGCCAGCAGCCUGAAGGCAGACAGGAAGAUGGAGUUCAUGUCGACCAAUCUGCACAUUCAAAGGAUGAGGGUGCAGGAUGAGUUUGGCUUUGAGCACACGUAUGAUGUCGUUACCAUCGGCGCACCGGCUGCGCACUGCCAGGGCUUUAAAAAUGGUGGCCUGAGAAAACUCACACAGAAGUUUGAGGAAGCAAAGAAACACGCAUAUGAGGAGGUGUGCAGCACCCUCUCCAGCUCGCAGUCCAUCGUCUUCAUACCUCAGGAUGUGGUCCGAGCCAAAGAGAUCAUCUCCCACAUCAACACAUUGAAGACGCAGGUCAAUUAUUAUGCAGAGAGGCUUUCUAGAGCUGCAAAGGACCGCUCUGCCAGCGGAAUUGAAAGGACACUUGCCGCGCUGGCUGAUAAGACUCGACAGCUGGUGACGGUGUGUGACUGCGAGCUGCUGGCGUCUGCCAUUCAGGCCCUGAACGCGGCACGGCCCGAGUACAUCGCCUCCAAAUCGUCUCCCUCCGCCGAUUCAGAGCAAGUAGUUCUCCGUAAUGACCAGGACACGCUACUCGCCAAGUGGAGUGGCAACAAUAGUCGAUCAUCACUGCUUGUAGACUGGCAUGAGAAGGAGUGGGAGAAAGUGUGGCUGAAUGUGGACAAGUCUCUGGAGUGCAUCAUCCAGCGAGUGGACAAGCUGCUGCAGAAGGAGAGGAAUCCUGGCGAUGGUGGUCAAGACCGAGUACACGCAGACCUGCAGGGCGGCGCCCGUAAGAAGGGUGACGGAAAACGCCAAGCUUUCUGGAUCAACCCGGGAAGUUCAUUGCUGGAGUUUCCAUCAUCAUUAUCAUCAUCAGCAUCACCUCCCUCAUCAUCAUCCUCUUUGCCUGCUAUCUCAUCUGCAUGCCUUCCCAGCCCUGACCAAGGCAGCUUGCCCGCUAGUCACUCAUACUGCUCCUCGUCCUUUCUUCUCGACGGGAGCCCUAAUGUCGAGGAGGCGUACCCAGGCGAGUGGAGCGAGGCGUUGUACCCUCUCCUCACCACGCUCACCGACUGUGUCGCCAUGAUGAGCGACAAAGCCAAAAAGUCCAUGGUCUUUCUGCUCAUGCAGGACAGCGCUCCCACCAUCGCUAUGGACGUUUCUCUGCAGUACCGUCGCGAUGUCGUCUUCUGCCAGGCGCUCACUGCUCUCAUCUGCGGCUUCAUUAUCAAACUGAGGAACUGUCUCCGUGACGACGGAUUCCUUCGACAGUUGUACACCAUUGGCCUGCUGGCUCAGUUUGAGUCCCUCCUCAGCACCUACGGAGAGGAGUUGGCAAUGUUGGAGGACAUGAGCGUCGGGGUCAUGGAUUUGCGAAAUGUCACCUUUAAGGUCACACAGGCGACAGGCAGCUCUGCCCUCGACAUGUUGCCAAUCAUCACCGGCAACCGUGAUGGCUUCAAUGUUCGCAUCCCCUUGCCGGGAACCAUGUUUGAUGCGUUGCCUCGGGAGAUCCAGAGCGGAAUGCUGCUCAGGGUCCAGCCGGUGCAUUUCAACAUUGGCAUCAAUGAACAGCAGACGCUGGCAGAGAAGUUUGGAGACACAUCCCUUCAGGAGACCAUCAACAUGGAGAGUUUGACCAGGCUCAAUUCUUACUAUGAACAGUUUAAAGAAGUGCUGCCUGAGGACUGCCUCCCGAGGUCUCGUUCUCAGACUUGCCUUCCGGAGUUGCUCAGGUUUUUGGGGAAGAACGUGGAGUCAAGGAAAAACAAGAAUGUGGACAUCCUAUGGCAAGCAGCCGAGAUCUGUCGCCGGCUUAACGGGGUUCGUUUCACCAGCUGCAAAAGCGCCAAGGACCGGACGGCCAUGUCGGUCACGCUGGAGCAGUGUCUCAUCCUGCAGCACGAGCAUGGCAUGGCGCCGCAGGUCUUCACUCAGGCCCUGGACUGUAUGCGCAGCAUUGGGACGAGGGAGGGGGUGAUCCAGAAGAACCUGAGUGGUUUACUGCCGGUGCGGGACUUCCGCAUGGACCCCAGCCUCCUGUACUCUCUGCCCCUGCUGGCCCUCAGCCCCAACCUUCUGGUGGUGUGGAUCUUCCUCAGCGUGGCGUUUAUCCUGGCAAGACUCCGCUGCAGCUGAGCGGCUUUGAACGGCCCAAUCAGUCGAGUCGGGCUUGUGUUUUUUAUUUAUAAUACUCCCCACGAGGAGGGGUCAGUUGAUGCAAUUCUGGACCUGGGCCGCUGUCUAGCAUUAGCUAUGCUGCAUGUUCAAGUGAUGUCUUGUGCACAGGAACAUUUUCUGGUUCCUGCCAAAUUUACCGACCGUAUUACCGUAUUUACCGUAUUAGUAUGUAUUGAUAAUACAGGUGGUCCUCGGGUUACCUUCCUAAAGAGUGAUGUCAGUCGGAUCGUAUACCUUAAUGACAAUGAGGGAAAGGCUUCUUGAGACGUCAUCUGUACUUCUGUGAAGAAUGUGUCAGACGUUUCGCUCCUCAUCCGAAGAGCUUCGUCAGCGAUGACACUCACAGUGUGACAGAACACAUGAAGCACAUGUACAAUACCAUAAUAAAAAGAUUAAACACCAGAAUUAAAUGAGGAGACAUAAGGACGUAGAAAAAGCAGGAGGAAAAAUAAAGCCAUCUUUAAGCCUUCUCCUGAAUCAACAUAAGGCUCCGUGAUAUUGACUCUGGUCUUCUAGCCAAUAGUAAGACGACUGUGCUGCCGCUUUCUUCGGAGCAGAUCCUUUAACAUGCUCAAGGACACCAUCUAUAUCUUCAUGAUUGUCGUGACAGUCGAUUGGUUAAGACAGGGGUGUCCAUACUUUUUCCAGUGUGACCCUCAUUGUGAAAAAUGUAAAGAUGCAAGGGCCUCUUCGAUAUUUUGUAAAGCAACACAUGUAGAUAUGCUAAGAAAAACUGCAUGUCAGCUUUGUGAUAUAGGUGAAAAAGUCCCCAUUUUUGCUUUUAAAAAAAAAAAAUCAAAAUAUUUCAACUGUCUUCUAAAAUAAUCUUUGUAAAUUUUCUUCUUGUAAUAUUAGGACUUUAUACCCACAAUAUUUUGACUAUAAUUCUAUAAUAUAAUUUUUCCCCAAGUUUAUUUUGUCUCUCAAACAACUGUAAAAUAGCAUGUUUUUUCUUUAAUAUUUCAACUAUUUUUCCUCAUAAUAUAACGAGUUUAUUCUCGUAAAAAAUUGCCAUUUUUUUCUUGUUGGAAUACAUUUUUGUCUUAAUACUGUAUUUUGGGUUAUUUUUGUAGGUCUGUUUUUUCUGCCUUUUUUUUUUUUAUGUUCCAACUAUUUCAACUUUCUUCUUGUAAUUCUGACUUUAUUCCCAUAAUAUUUUGAUGUUAUUCUCGUCAUAUUAUAACUUUUUGCACAACCUAAUUUUCCAAAAAUUUCACCCUAAUUAGUUUUUUCAUUUGUUUUUCAUAAAAAAAAAAUGUAAGCAUCUUUCUUUAAUAUUUCAACUUAACUACUAAAUUUACUACUAAAAUGAUGUUAUUUUUCCUCAUAAUUUAGAUUCUCUCUCUUAAUAUUUUGACUUUAUUCUUUUAAAAAUUACUGUUGAUUUUUCAAUUUUUGCUGUUUUUUUUUUUUUUUUUUUUUAAUUAAAUUACUAUCUUUAGAAUGUGCCGCGAGCCAAUGACAAACACCUUUGGGCCGCACUUUGGACACCCCUUGGUUUAGACCAAAUUUUACCACCAAUAUUUGCGCGUGUUUCUUCUCCCUCUGGAACUUUUUGUGACUCCCAUGAUGAUGGCUUUCCUUUUUUUUGGUGCACAGCUGCUUGGGAGACAUUGGGUCAGUUCUACCAAAAGAGCCUGCCUUCCGCCUGGGAGAUAUAAUGAAAUUUAAAAAAGUUGAUAAGCAAUGUUAUCCACUUCGGGUAGCUGCGAAUGAGGCACCCAUUGUGUUCAUUCAUACUUGCAGCUUGCAGCAAGUGCUGAAACUAGUAGAGUGUUUACGGACUAAUAUUCAUUUUUGUAUUAAUUUAUGAGAGAAUAUUUGCAACCACAAAACACGGUAACCCAAAGACCACCUGUACAGUGUCAGAACUUGGUCAAGGGCCCUAUCCUACAUAUGCAACUUUUCAAACUUAUGUUUAUGUUUAAAAUGUUGUAGAUUAUGUGGAAGUGACCUAUCAUGAGGUUGUGGUUUCAUUUUUAUGCCGCUCCUAAGUCUUGUAAAUGGCUGGGUGUGAUAACCUAACGAGCUUUCCACGAUAUCACAACUUUAGGAAGUCCAUGUAUGGCAACUUGUCGACUUUUUCUUGAAAAUGGCAGCCAGAAAGUGUUUUUUUCGGAUGUAAGAGUUCCCAAGGAAACUGGAGUAAAGCAGUAAUUGGAAGAUUUUGUUUUUUCUAGGGAGCUAAAGACUGGGGAGCUGUUUCUCUAUGCGGCUCUGAGCGGUGGCGGGGGUAGGGGUGCAGGGCUGGAGCCAACCCUUGACUCCUGACCAAUCGCAACAGAGUAGGCGUGAUUGGGGGAGGAGGCUGCAGAAUUUGAGAGUUUUGGCCAAAAGGAGCAGAAUGCAGAUUUACCCGGUACAAAACUUCUAAUCGUUCUCCACUGGGAUCCAAUAUCAUUUGAAAAGCCUCUGAAAUGAGCAGGAUAGGACCCCUUUUGCCUUUCGACUACAGCAUAUACUGAAAAGCACUUGGAUACUUUGCAGCCUGCAAGUCGCGAUUUGAAGUGACCUUAAUGGACCGUAGUGGAUCACAGAUUUUCUGCGCGAGGUUUCCUCUUGUUGAAAGGAUUUGGCCGAGACGCCACUAAUCCACAGUGAACCUAAUGUUUAGGCAUUGAAAUCACUACUGUAGCUUUGCACAAAUCAGUUAUUAGCUUUUUACAUUCCUACUUGUCUUCCAGUUGCGUAACUUUCAUGCAAGGGUAUUUGUUUUGGUGACCAGAAGUUAACAGGACAGGACAGGACGUUUUCUGUUCUUAUAGACCAGAGGUUCUCAACUGGUCUCAAUCUGGGACCCACAUUUUCCAAUGUUCAUUUAGUAGUGACCCACUUUUGUUGAAAAAUAAAUAUUUUUAUUUUGUAAUUACUUUUUUACACUUUUAUGUAAGUCAUUUUUAUUUAUUUAUUUAUUUAUUUAUUCAUUUACUGUAUGUAUUUAAUUUAUUUAUACUUUUUAUUUAAGUCAAGCUAAGCUAAUUUUUUUUUUUAAAUCAUUGUCUCUUGACACAUUAAUACACAUAUUUACAUGUCCAAAGUGCAUUUUAGAGGAAUAUGAAGAAAAUGAGGAGGAACAUAACUGCAUUCAUACAAAUAAUGCGCCAAUGCGUCAAAAUUACACAAUAUUACACAUUACAGUUCACUGAGAACUGUGUAAUGAACAUACAGUAUUUUAGGGGUGCUCAGAUCAGGGUUUUAUGCUGCUGAUUCCGAUACCAAUCAUCCAUGAGGGAAAUUGGCCAAUGCCAAGUAACUCUAAACAUUUUUAUAAAUUUAUGGUGAGCGCUAUUGUCCAAGGGUGCCAUAUAAGGGGGAAAAGGUAGGACAAUCACAAGGUCGCCUGAAUGCCAGGGGCCCCAAAAAAUAGGUAAUUAUUAAAACGGGGAUGUGGGACCGACGUGAUUUGUUUUUCAUGGGGCCCAGAAUUCCUGGCUACACCCGUUCUAUUGGCGAUAUGUUCUGAAAAAAGGAACCAUAAAAUCACCUUAAUGUAGACAAAAGCAUAUUUUACCUUCUUUUUCAAGUGAACACUCGUUUCACUCAUGAAACUUACAGAGGAUGAGACUCCUUCUUUAAGGAGACUUUGGAUGUGAGAGUACAUUGAUGGAGCUCUAGCAUAACUUCCAGGUAGCACAUAAUGUAGGUGCACUCCAAGUGAGACAGCAGUCGGCGAACCCGGUGUCUUCCACUGCUGAGAAAGGCUGGUCAUCUAGUCUGAUUAAUUCAAUUAUUUUUCAGGUUAUUUGCUCUGCCUUCCGGCUGUGACGCACCAACCGGCAAGUGUUGUCCAGCGUUUUGGCUACCGUACAUUAGCUGCUGUUUAACUGAUGCUGCACCACGAGCCUUGAAAACUCAACACACUCUGUCAAGUGUUUGUUCUUUAAAUGCCAAAUUAAAUUAAAGCUUAUUAACUUGCCCGUGAGAUAUUUUUCAUGGCAUGUUUUUCAUUUUAUACCACUCUCACAAAUGGCAGAUAAGUUCCACACAGCAGACAUGUUUGUUUUGGCUUUGGCACGCCUGCGCAGUGUGAAGGCAAGGGGGGACGUUUCACCAAGACGUUAGAGCAAGACACUACACUGCACAUGGGGAUCUCGAUAGGCUGCAGGCUAUAAUACUACCCAGAGGUGAUCGCCUUUGGUGAUGGGUGUUGAAAGGCAUUUAUUGGCAUAUGCCGAUCAUGUGCUUUUCUACAGAAAUCGUCUGAUUGUGACUGGUGGCCGAUCCAUCUGAGCAUCCCUAAUACUGUAUACGUAUAUCAUACAGGAAGAUGACUAAAAUAUUGCUAAAUUUUACGCUUCAUUUUUUUUUUUUAAGUCAGACAUCUAAAACAUUGGUUGUUUAGUACACAUUUUAAUUUGAUUUUUGACUCGCUGUCUGCGAUCCACCCAGAAUGCAUCCGCAACCCACCAGUUGAGAACCACUGUUGUAGACUACUACAGUAUGAGUUCACUUUUAGUGCAGUCUUUCCCAGCCCUUAUUGAACCAAGGCACACAUUUUACAGUUUACAUUACCUAGGAGGUAAUGUAAAAUGUAAAAUCAUCCAUCUCGUGGAAGAGCAUUUCAUUGUUCUGCCUGUCACUACAGUAUAUGUCGCUGGCAGAGAUAGACGAACGAAAAUACAUCAUUUAUAGUGAAUAAGUAAUCAUUUUCAGACCACACACCUGAUGAUCUCUCACAGCACACAAAUGUGGUUGAGAAUCAUUGGUUUAGCAUCUCAAGGUAUAUUUACAGUCUGUAUUUUACUUAUCUGGCAGUUAUUUAAUUUGCCCACUGGGCUUAAGUAAGUGCACACGUGUGAGCAUCGAAGUAGAAAAUGGUAAACUUACUUAAACGUGUGUUUCUUAAUGAAUUAGUUCUUUUACUGAAUAUUAUUAGACUAUACAUUAGUAUUAUUACUCUCUUUGUGUUGGCAUAUGGGCAUGGGUGGGUGUGUGUGUGUGUUGGGUACAAGGGUGUAGAGGGCCUGAGGAAAUUACAGAUGGUCCUGGGGUGUUAAAUGAGUUCCGUUCCUAGAGACUGUGAGUUGUGACACGAUUCAUCAACUCUGCUUAAAUAUGUUAUAUAUUGUUUGUAAUUAUGUUCUACGUUGUUAAAUUUGUGAAAGCGAAUGGUAAGUUUGCAAAAAUGACAUUUAUAGUUCCUCGUGCCAGCCAUGACGAGGUAACUCUCGCUGUCCAGUCUUAUUUCCAGAAGCGAUGCGAUCAGAGUACUAUCACUCAGCUUCACAAACAUAGCGGUGUCUGAGACAGAGGAUGUUUACAGUGAUUACAUACAUACAUACAUACAUAUCGCUGUGAAAAGAUGUUUAUAUAACAUGUAGAAUGCCCUACAGCCUUGUUGCUGUCAUGCAAUAGUGUUUAGAAGACAUUAUGUAAACAAGACAUGACUUACUCCGUUCUCCGUUCUUGUCUUUUUUUUCCUGUGUACCACCAGAAUAGCGUCCUUUUUCAAAAUGCAUUUAUACUGUACUUUGAAGGCCAAAUGCUUCUUGCUAAGGUGUUUCUUCAAAGCAGCCAUCAGUGAAAUGAUCACUGCAAAGAACAGAACUCGAGGUGGGCGUCCAUCUGUCUCUCGUUCUCUGCACUUGCUUCGUCCAUUGCUGUCUUAAACCUUGGUCUUUUGGAAAAGAAAGCAAACUUACAGUACCACUCGGAUACUGUACACAUCCAGCAGCAACACAACAUUUUGGCAUGACUACUAUUUAGAUGAAAAAUAUACUGAACGAAUUCGCCAAUCUACCUCGAGAAGCGUUUGUUUGCUGUGCUUUAGCUGAGAUGUGUCACCCCGAUGAUGUCACUUCUGGAAAUGAGACUGAACAGCGAAAGCUAGCUUGUCAUUCAAAUACAGUGGAACCUCAAUUAGCGUACGCCCCGGUUGCUUAACCUAAAAAAAAGAUUGCCUCGGUUUGCGUACAUUUUCCAAUUAGCGUACAAUAUGCCGCACGUCUUGUCGUGUUAUUAAUACACUGCAAAGGUCCAACUGUGUUUUUUAUCGUCAAAGAUCCUUGUUAGCAGCUUGCUAAUACAUGGAAACAGGAAGUCUAUGACGUCAUCAGUGGUUGACUCUGUAGUUCUUUGCUAACUAACAAAGUCUCAAAAAUGUUAACACCAAACACAUUCAAAUAAUUCCAAAUGCAUUUUGCAUUCAUUUUUGCAUAAUUAUAAACCUAUAAAAAUGUGUUUGGUGUUAACAUUACAUUUUUGGCAUUCUGGAGCGGAUUGAUUGCAUUUACAUUAGUUGGUUAGCGUCAUUAGUACGUUCUAGAAUCAGUUUUUCCCAAAGGAAAUCAUGUAAAUCCAAUUAAUCCUUUUCACAAAGCCAAAAUGUUAACAGAAAACAACCUUUUAUAGUUUUACAUGUAGAACACAAUUAGAAGUUCAUAUGAAUACAUGUAAAUGAUGAAUGAAAGGGUAAAUGAACCUGUAAUGUUACUUUUACCUUCAUUGAAGAUGUGACAGUACCACGAUGUGGCAGCGAGACACCACAUGGACACCACCUUCCUGUUUUGCCAUGAGUUAUUUCAAGAAUUCAUUACUGGUUCUCGUGUCCAGUCUGCUUUUCUUUUGAUCAUGGCUGCAAAAUGACCAAAAAUGGAGCCAAAAAAAGUUUCUAGUGCCAGCAUUUUGAUAAAGAAGGUGAGAAACACUAUUGAAUUUAAAAAGCAACUCAUGGCAAAACAGGAAGGUGAUGGUUGAGCUUGCUCCGUGGGAACGGUCAUGUCUCCAAUGAAGGUAAAAGUAACCUUAAAUGUUCAUUUAGCCCAGGAGCGUCCAAAGUGUGAAAUGAGGGCCAUUUGCUGCCUGCGGCUGUUUUUUUUAUUGUCCUACGACACAUUCUAAAGACAGGAACAGGAAAACUUUUUUAAAAAACGGCAACAGCGAAAAUGGUAUAUUCAGCAGUAAUUUCACAAGAAUAAAGUCAAAAUAUUAAGAGAAAAAAGUUGUAAUCUAAGAAAAAGUGGUAUAUUCAUGAGAAUAAUGUCAUAUUAUGAGGAAAAAUAACAUCAUUUUUAUAGCAUAAAGUUGAAAUAUUGAAGAAAAAAUGCAAUAUGGGAAUAAAGUUAUAAUUACAAAUAGAAAAAUUUACAAGAAGAAAGUUGAAAUAGUUGGAAAGUUAAAAAAAAAACAACAACAACAGCACAACUGAAAACAGCUGUAUUUUUAGGAGAAUAAAGUCAAAAUAUUAUGCGAAAAAAUAAUGUCAUUUUAGUAGCACAGGGUUGAAAUAUUAAAGAAAAAGCUGUUUAUUUUUUGAAAGUCGUAAUGUUAUGAGAAACAAUGUUGUCAUUUUUGAAAAAUUUGGUUGGGGAAAAAGUUAUAUUAUUAUGGGAAUUAAGUCAAAAAUUUUACAGGAAUAAAGUCAGAAUAUUACGAGAACAUUUUUAAUGAAGAUUAUUUAAGAAGAAAGUUGAAACAUUUGGAAUAUUUAAAAAUGUAAGCAUGCUAACAUAAAUAGAAAAAUAGCACGCUAACAAGGACGUUUUGCGAUACAAAUAAGAACACAGUUGGACUCACAAAGUUUAUUAAUAACACAACAAGAUGCACGCCAUGUUGUACGCUAACCAGAGAAUGCACGCAAACCGAGGUUCCAACGUACUUGGUAGUCAGUUCACACCCUGUAGUUUAAGAGUCUAAUCCUUCCGUAAUACAUUUCUGUUCAUGUCCAAAUGACGUAUUUCUAUCUUGUUUGCGUCUACUGCUCACGUGUUCUCAACUACCUCUAGAAAAACUCUAGUCACUUUAGUGUGUUUAAACGAAAGCAAUGGAAAUAAGAAACAUGUAAUAAUGACAAACCGCAGAGAUAUGUAAACAUGUAAUUAAAGAGUAUGAAGUCAUCUACAGUAUGUAAAGUACAUAACAACCAUAAAUUCUCCUUGGCUUUCAUGCGUAAUGACACUAAUGAUCCAACUGAUAUCCAUAACUAAAACAAGCUAAUAUAGAUCUAAUGUUUAUUUUUAUUGAGUUAAAGAAGACAUGGAUUUUGAAGCUGCUGCUAUACAUGAAUUGUGUUUAAAUGCUUUUAUUUGAAUGUGCAGAAUAUUCAUAUAGAAGAUCUUGAGCUGGAUUAUGAUGCUUGUGCAAUAAAGCUGGAUGUAUUGCUAUA